AAUUUUAUAAGACAUGAAUAUUGUAGGUGGUUUCAUGGUAAAAUAUCACGAGCAAAAGCAGAAGAAAUUUUAAUGAGACCAGAACAUCCAGAUGGCGCAUUUCUAGUUCGAGAUAGUGAAAGUUCGCCUGGAGAAUUCUCAAUAUCAGUCAAGUUUGGUGACAGCGUACAACAUUUUAAAGUAUUACGAGAUGGAGCUGGUCAUUAUUAUUUAUGGGUUGUUAAAUUUGAUUCUAUAAAUCAAUUAAUAGAUUAUCAUCGUCAGUCAUCUGUGAGCAGAACUCAAAAUAUAAUAUUAAAGGACAUGGUUUCUCCUUCAACUUCUGUGCAAGCUGCUUAUGAUUUUGAACCCCAAAACCCUGAUGAAUUAGCAUUUAAAAAACAUGAUAUUAUUCGAGUGAUAGAAAAGUUUGAUCAAAACUGGUGGAAAGGUGAAUUAAAUGGCAAGAUUGGAGUGUUUCCAGUUACCUAUGUUAAAAUAAUACCUGUGUAAGAGUUAUUGACCAUCAUAAAAUUGUGAAAACUUCCCUUUUUAUUCUGGUUAUCAAGGUUGAACCUUUUGUUUGUGCAAUUAUAUCAAUUGUCGUGGCAGAAUUAUUUUAAUUUCAGUAUCGCAGCAUUAUUAGAGUAUAAUGCAGAAUG